AUGGGACACCGAAGGAAGCGUUCACGGGGCGGUCCAUCAGGGGGCAGCACAGACGAAGGGGAAGGGGGAGGGGGGCGAACAGGCGGCUCGGCGAUCACUUCCGGAGCCUUGACGAUGGGAUCCAUGUCGGAGGCGAGGGUGCGAUUCCUGACGGCAGUCAAGGCGCACUUCACGGCGAGAUACCACCAGGGCUGGCUGUCGUCAAUGGGGCUCCGCGUCUUGAAGGAAAACAUGGACUCUCAGCUUGACCACGACGAGCUCGAGAUGGACCAGUGGAGCCACCUCUCCACCGCCUUCCGGCUUCCGACAAGCAUGGCGAUUCUCCGCAAGAUUCCUCUCGUUGGAAAAUGCUCAUGCUGGCGGAGCAGUACCCGGGCCUGA